AUGUUCCUCAAAGUCUGUAGCAGCCCAACUGGUGUAGUAGCUCAGACUGGUGUAAUAUACUUCAACCUUACAGAAGUAAGUGACCAGCUAGAUCAUUGCAAGCUGUAUGUGAAGAAUAUAUCAAAGUCUUUAAACGAAGAUGGCCUAAAGACACUUUUCUCCAAAUACGGGAACUGUACCAAGGUGUUUCUGAGUACUGACCCCUUGAAACGAUUCGCCUUAGUGACGUACGAGACACCGAGCGAAGCAAAGCUAGCCAUGAUGAACUUGAACAACACUGAGCCACUGAAGCUGCACAUCAACGUAGCUUACAAGAAACCAGAGAGAGACUCGCAGAACCAGAGAAGCAACGUGAGAGACUACCAGACCAGUAACUCUAGGGAUGAAGAAUUGAGCAAUAGUAGCAGAAGACGGUACAACAGGAAGCAAGAUGAGGUCUCAAAUGGAGAGAAUAAUAAUCUUGAGGAGUUUGUUGUUGAUGACGAUUUGGCGACAGACGACGGCAUCGACACACACCUUGUCUUGGAGAUGGAGCAGUUGAGGCUUGAGCAUCUAAAGAUCCAGGAAGCGCAGCUAAAGUGCCGCCAGAGAAUGUUGCUGCUCAACCGCAAGGGAGAAAACGCUGCACAAAAACCAGCAUCAACCAGGUCCAUCUUACCGGAUGGGCGCAUCGUCGUCCAGAACAAUAAUGACAGGUUCGAGCACGGCGACACCUUCAGCGCAGCUGGUGACUCGAGGGCGCUGACCUGCUCCUGUGAACAGCAUGCUUGGACUGAACCCUCGGACAGUUCGACGCCCUCUACAUGCGUUCUGACUUGCAAGGAUAGAAAAAACAAGUUAAAAGAUUUUGGCAGAUACGACUAUACUAUUUCUAGUUCAUUAGAUUUCGAGAAUACUACAGUAACAAACUACAGUAAAACGGAAGAGAUGAUAUGUGAAAGAAAAACUGAUUAUAAGAGGAGAAGAGACACGACUGAUAUUAAAGUUAGCAAUAGUAAAAAUUGUGAAUUGGACUGUGAUAGUGCAGAUGGUCGUGAUGAAUCUGAUAGAUUGACACAAUUGAGGACGGUAGACUACAUGGACAUAGUCGAUGACGACUUGAAGAUAGUUAUUACGUUAUCCAGCUACCCCACAUCAAAAAUAAAGCUAAAACACAUGCAAAUAUUUCAGAGGUCCUUAAAUGAUAUUAAGGAUAUGCAAUUAAAGGAGGGUCUCCUGAAAAAUACGCCCAUAUUUGUUGACUAUUAUAUCAAUAAAGGUGCGAUUGUUUGUAUAUGUAAAAAUGUGGAGACUAGAAAUUGGUUGGUAAUGAUAUUUCCAGGUUUGCAAGAACGAAUGAAGGAAGAACUUGUAUUGCUGAAAGCGAAGGUGAAAAGAAUGUGUUUAGGAGUUUUAAAGACACCUAAAUCAACAAAGCCCUCUUCUGCCGAAGACACGUUUAAAUUAUUGCAGUAUUUUAAUCCUACUUUGAAAACACAUUUGUGGAAAAUUUACUCGCGUCGUGUAAUAAACGAUGUGGAAUAUACGUACUUCUGCAUCGACAGGGUAUCCCGUGAAAUUAUGCGCGGGGGAGAUUUCAAGAAUGUUAUCAAUUUUGACCAAACAGACUUUGACCUACGCGGCACUAUUGAAUUGUACAGUGAUUACUAUUUAUCUAACGGUGACGAGGAUCUCUCCAGCAUUGCGUCUAGGGUUAAACUCUUACAAGAACUAAAGUCUAACGAAUCUACACCGAGAAAUGAGUCUGAUAAUAAAGAUGAAAAUGAUAAAAAAGUCGCUAAUACUGGUGAAAUAACUGGUCAAGAAAAUGAUGUAAUAAAAAGAACAAAAGAAUGUGAAAAUAUAACGGAUAAUCAAAUUUUCUUAGGUAAAAGUACAGAAGAUCAAAAUUCUAACAAAAAUUUAGCAGGUGUUUAUAGUAAACGCGAUAGAACAGACUCUACAAUCAAACUAAUCGAUGCAAGUACAUCAACGUUUGCAACUUCUGAAAGAACAGAAUCAGUAGCGGAAAGCAAUGAUAAUUUUGUAGGACAAAACAGCAAUUUGAACAUAGACAGCACUAGAAGCAUCGCAUACAACAGACGUACAAAUUAUUUACAAGUAAAAGAUGAACUGAAGACUGCUAUCGUUUUGGAAGGAUAUCCGAAGAAUAAAUUAGAUGGAUUGGCUAUUAAACGGCUUAAGCAGUUGUUUAAAGAUUGUCUGCAUAAGGAUGUCAAACUACAACGUUUCAAAGAUAAGAUAAUCCCCAGGUUUCACGAUGUGUACUUGUCAAACGGUGCAGUAAUUUAUAUUUGUGAUAGUUUGGAAACUAAAAACUAUUUGAACGAGUUGUUGCCGCGCUUCGUUUACUUGACCGGUUUUAAUCUAGCGUUUAGAGAUGUUAAGAAUUUAGUUAGAUAUACUAGGGUCAUAAUGAAACUGCCUCUGCAACUUCCUUGUUAUAUCGAAUCCCGUGAUAUACUAUAUGCCCUAAGAGUUAAAUAUCCCACAUUAAAUAUAGACUGCUGGAAGUGUUACUCAGAUGUUGUUGGCAAGAGAAGGAGAGAAUUCGGCGUUGAUCCUGAUUCAUUAGAAGUUAUUAAAAAUCCGAACUUUGAAAUUACAUAUAAAGGCGAAGUUAUUAGUUUUAAAAUAAUUGAUAGACAGAUGAAAGAAAAAGAAAAUGCAGUAGACAGAGCUAAAUAUGAAGAUGAUUGGGCUAAAAAACAUCAAGAAUUACUAAAAGUUAUUUACUGUCCUAUUGAUUCCAAUGUUACAAAUGUACCGUUGACACAUUUAAGAAAAACCCACUAUUCAGAUCUGAUUGAAGAUGAUUUGAAAAUGUAUGUUGGCCCUGUUGAUUAUCCACUAACGCGAAUAACUGAAAAUGAAUAUUACAAUAUAAAGAAAACAUUAGAGAUUAUUAUUUUGGAUAUGUUCGACGAAUAUUACGAUUCAAUACCGAAAUACUAUGAUAUAUAUUUAUUUGACGGUGUUAUAUUUAUUAUAUGCAAGGAUUUACCGUCGAAACAUUUUGUCGAAGAGAACAUUGCAAAUAUUAACUCUAAAAUGCAAGUAAAUUUGAAAUGUACGGAAUUUCGAGGUGUUGUUGGUAUUAUAACCAUGGUAGCGAGGACUGAUAGAGACACAGAUGAGAUUAUAGCGAUAUUGCAAAAACAGAAUCAAAGAUUACGUACUAAAUUUUGGAGGAAGAUAAACACAGUUCGUAAUGAAAACAAACUAGAAACCGUCUUACAGAUCGAUAAACUUUCCGCUCUUAUUAUAACAGGCAAAAAUUUCAAUGGUGUAGUUGAUGGUUAUAAGUUAGAAUUCAAUUUGGGAUAUUUGGGAACAGUGCUUGAACGAAAGAUGAGUCUACAGGAACUGGUCUAA